GAGAUGAUAGGUCUGAUUAAACAGUCCAAGAUCCCCAUCAUCUGUAUGUGUAAUGACCGUAACCACCAGAAGAUCCGCUCCUUGGCCAACUACUGCUUUGACCUGCGCUUCCAGAGACCACGACUAGAACAGAUCAAGGUACACACACACACACACAACAUGAAAACACACGCCAGGAAAACACAUGCCAGGAAAACACACGCCAGGAAAACACACCCAGGAAAACACACGCCAGGAAAACCACAAUGCAUCACAUUAACACACAGAAACAGAAACGCAUUAACCAGUCAAUGUAGAGUCAAAUAGUUUUUCUCCCCAAUUUUCGAUCUUGUCUCAUCGCUGCAACUCCCCAAACGGGCUCGGGAGAGGCGAAUGUGGAGUCAUGCGUCCUCCGAAACAUGACCCGCCUUAACCGCGCUCCUUAACACCCGCCAGCUUAACCCGGAAGCCAGCCGCACCAACGUGUCGGAGGAAACACCGUUCAACUGGCGACCGAAGUCAGCUUGCAGGCGCCCGGCCCGCCACAAGGAGUCGCUAGAGCGCAAUGAGCCAAGUAAAGCCCCACCGGCCGAACCCUCCCCUAACCCGGACGACGGCCCCCCCGGGCCGAAAACCCUCCCCUAACCCAGACGACGCUGGGCCAAACCCUCCCCUAACCCGGACGACGCUGGGCCAAACCCUCCCCUAACCCGGACGACGCUGGGCCAAACCCUCCCCUAACCCGGACGACGCUGGGCCAAACCCUCCCCUAACCCGGACGACGCUGGGCCAAACCCUCCCCUAACCCGGACGACUCUGGGCCAAACCCUCCCCUAACCCGGACGACGCUGGGGCCGAACCUCCCCUAACCCGGACGACUCUGGGCCGAACCCUCCCCUAACCUGGACGACGCUGGGCCAAACCCUCCCCUAACCCGGACGACGCUGGGCCAAACCCUCCCCUAACCCGGACGACGCUGGGCCAAACCCUCCCCUAACCCGGACGACGCUGGGCCAAACCCUCCCUACCCGGACGACGCUGGGCCAAACCCUCCCCUAAACGACGCUGGGGCCGAACCCUCCCCUAACCCUGGACGACGCUGGGCCAAACCCUCCCCUAACCCGGACGACGCUGGGCCAAACCCUCCCUAGCCCGGACGACGCUGGGCCAACCCUCCCCUAACGACGCUGGGCCAAACCCUCCCUAACGACCGCGGGCCAAACCCUCCACUAACCGGACGACGCUGGGCCAAACCCUCCCUAACCCGGACGACGCUGGGCCAAAUCCUCCACUAACCCGGACGACGCUGGGCCGAACCCUCCCCUAACCCGGACGACGCUGGGCCGAACCCUCCCCUAACCCGGACGACACUGGGCCAAACCCUCCACUAACCCGGACGACGCUGGGCCAAACCCUCCACUAACCCGGACGACGCUGGGCCAAUUGUGCGCCGUCCUAUGGGACUCCCGGCCACGGCCGGUUGUGGCACAGCCCGGGAAUGAACCUGGGUCUGUAGUAACGCCCUUAGACCGCUGCGCCGCUCGGGAGGCCAUCAUCUCUCUUUUCAUCUUAAUACCUCUCUCCUCUCUCCUCUCCUUCUUCUCUCCCUCCGUCUCUCUCUCUCUCCCUCCGUCUCUCUCCUCUCGUCUCUCCCUCCGUCUCUCUCUCUCUCCCUCCGUCUCUCUCUCUCUCUCCCUCCUCUCUCUCUCCCUCCGUCUCUCUCUCUCCUUCUCUCUCCCUCCGUCUCUCUCCCUCCGUUCUCUCUCCUCUCCCUCCUUCUCUCUCUCCUCGUCCCUCUCCGCGUCCUCUCUCUCCCUCCUCCUCUCUCUCUCUCCUCUCCCCCUCUUCUCCCUCCAUCUCUCUCCCUCCCUCCUUCUCUCUCCCUCAUCUCUCUCUCUCAGGGUGCCAUGAUGUCCAUUGCUUUCAAAGAGGGUCUGAAAAUCCCGCCUCCUGCCCUAAACGAGAUGAUCCUGGCGUCCAAUCAAGACAUCCGACAGGUAAAUAAGGGAUUAAUACUUUUUUAAAACAUGUUGUUAAAUGAAAUCAUCCGUAGCUAUUACAAUCGUCGGUAACUAUGACAAUCUUCUGUAACUGUGGCAACCGUCGAUAACCAUGGCAACUGGUCUGCAGGUCCUCCACAACUUGAAAUGUUGGGGGCCAAGGAAAAAGGGCAUGACCCCUAAAGACCGGGGCCCCGAGGACCCCCCAACGCACGCAAAGGUUUAGAGGAAUGGGUUUUUGGGUUUUUAAGGGCUUUGUCUUUUGUGAUGGAAAAUUAAGGGAAAAUGGGGGGAACCCCCAAAAGGAAUUUUUUUUUAAUGGGUGAAAAUUUUUCGGGCCUUUUUUUUUUUUCCCCCUUUUUAAAUUUUUUUUGUUUGGGGACCAAGGGUGUUUGGUUGUUUUUGUGUGUGUGUGAAAACCCUGUCAUUUUUUUGUUUAGGGGGGGUUAAGGGGGUGGGGUGUGUGUUUUGGUGGUUUUUUGUGGUGUGUGUGUGUGUGUAAUGCAGGGAACCAAAAGGGGAAAGCUGGGCCGUUUACGUUUUGCCGGGGGUUUUUUUCCAAGGGGAGGAGUCAAGUCACAUGACGUUGAUUGACAAGUCAGACCUUUCCUUUUCCCCGAUUACUCCUGGGCCCCCUGUUCAUCCAAAAAAUAACUACAUUUAAAGUUAAAAAUGCAGCGCUGGUGAAAAAAUAAAACCCUUUCCCCGAAAAACCAAACCCUGGGUUUACCAGGGUUUAAAACACCCGCCUAACCCUUUCACCGGUUUUAAAACCAGACUAAACCCUUUAAUUUAACCCUUUUUACACAGACAUAAAAUCAAACUUUACCAGGUUUACACAGACCCAAACCCUUUCACCAGUUUUAAAACAAACAAAACCCCCCGUAAACAAACCCGGGGAAAAAACAAAAAAGAACCCUUUUUUAAAACCCCUUUCCACCAAAGGGGGGUUUUAAAACCAGACAUAAAAACCCAAACUCACCAGUUAAAACACAGACAAAAACCCUGUUUAAAAACCAAAAAACCCAUUGUUAAUACACAGACUAAAAACCCCUUUUAAACCCGGUUUAAAACCACAGACAUAAACCCUGUAUCACCAGGUUAAUACACAGACAUAAACCCUGUAUCACCAGGUUUUUAAAACAAGAAAAAAACCCUAUCUCCAGGUUUAAAUAACCCAAACAAAAACAACCCCGUAUCACCAGGGUUUAAACACAGACAUAAAACCCCGUUCACCCGGUUAAUACACAACAUAAAAUCUUUCACCAGGUUAUACCCGACAUAAACCCGGGAUCAAACCCGGUUAAUACAGACAUAAACCCUGUAACAGGUUUAAAACCCAGACCAAACCCUUUCACCAGGUUAAACACCGACAUAAACCCCGUACACCCGGUUUUUAAAACCAGACCUAAACCCUUUUCUCACCAGGGUAAAAAACAAAAGACAUAACCCUGUAUCACCAGGUAAUCCCCAGACAUAAAACCCCUUUCACCAGGUUUAAAACCAGACUAAAACCCCUGUUCCCCCAGGGUUAAAACAAACAAAUAACCCUGUUUUCAACCCCGGUUAAAACACAGACAUAAACCCAAACUUUACCAGGGUUUAAAAACACAACAUAAACCCUAUCUCACCAGGUUUUAAAACACAGACAUAAAAACCCCCUUCACCAGGUUUUAAAACACAGACAUAACCCCCCCUUUUUCACCAGGUUAAUACACAGACCCCUAAACCCUGGGUUUUACCGGUUAAUAAACCAUACAUAAACCCUUAUCACCAGGUUAAUCCAAAAGACAUAACCCUUUCACCCCGGUUUUAAAACACCGACAUAACUCCCACUCACCAGGUUAAAACCCCAGACCUAAACCCUUUCACCAGGUUUUAAAACACAGACAUAAAACCCCCUAUAAACCCGGGUUAAAACACCGACAUAAACCCUGUAAACACCAGGUUUAAAACCCCAGACAAAACCCUGUAAAACACCAAAGGUUUUAAAACCCAACUAAAACCCGUUCACCAGGGUUUAAUUUCAAAAGACAUAAACCCUACUCACCAGGGUUAAAACACAGACCUAAACCCCUUUUACCAGGUUAAACCACAACCUUUAAAACCCCAUCUCACCAGGGUUUUUACACAACAUAAACCCUUCUCACCAGGUUUAAUAACAACCUAAACCCUGUUUCACCAGGGUUAAAAACACAGACCAAACCCUGUUUACCCAAGGUUUUACACCCGACCAAAACCCAUCUCCCCCAAAAUUUUUACACAGACAUAAACCCUUUUCACCAGGUUAAUUAAAAAAAACAUAAAAAACCCAUCUCCCAGGUUAAUACCAGAAAAUAAAACCCCCCUUAAAUUUACCAGGGUUUAAAACACACAUAAAACCCCCUUUUCACCCGGUUAAUACACCGACAUAAAACCCCAUCCACCAGGUUAAAACCCGACAAAACCCUUUUCACCAGGGAAUACACGACAUAAAACCCCUUUUCCCCAAAAGGUUUUAAAAACAACUAAACCCUUUAAACACCAGGGUUUAAACCCCAGCAUAAACCCGGGACACCAGGGGUUUAAACCCGACCUAAAACCCCGGGAAACCCAGGUUUUUAAAACAGAAAUAAACCCUGUAAACACCAUUUUAAAACCAAAAAAAUAAACCCUAUCUCACCAGGUUAAUACACAGACAUAAACCCCCAUCUCCCAGUUAAUCACCGACAUAACCCUUUCACCAAAAGGGGGGAUACACAACCCUAAAAACCCUUUUCCACCAAAAAUUUAAAACACAACAUAAAAACCCCAUCUCACCCCGUUAAUACACAACAUAAAAACCCCGUUCACCAGGUUAAUACACAGCCUAAAAACCCCGUUCACCAGGUUAAAACAACAAAAACACCCUGUUCACCAGGGUUUUACACAACCCUAAAAACCCCUUUUCACCAGGUUUAAAAAACAGACCUAAACCCUUCUCCCGGGUUUAAAACACGACAUAAAACCCUAUCUCACCCGGGUUAAAACACAAAAAUAAAACCCCCUCUCACCAAAAGGGUUUAAAAACACAGACAUAAAAACCCCUUUCACCCCAAAAAAAGGGUUUAAAACACCCCGACUAAACCCAAACUCCAAACCCGGUUAAUACACAGACAUAAACCCUAUCCACCAGGUUAAAAACACAGACAUAAAAAUCUUUCACCAGGUUUAAUUAAACCCAAAAUAAAACCCCCGGGAAACCCGGUUUUUACACAACCUAAAAACCCCAAUUUACCAGUUUAAUACACAACAUAAACCCUUAAACCACCAGGUUUAAAACACCGACAUAAACCCUGUUUACCAGGUUUAAAAAACACAACUAAACCCCCUUUCCCAGGUUAAUUCCCCCAAAAUAAACCCUAUUUUCCCAGGUUAAUACACAGACUAAAACCCCAUCCACCAGGUUAAUACACAAAACAUAAAACCCCGUAUCCCCCAGGGGUUUAAAACACAACAUAAACCCCUUUUCCCCUUUUAAAACCCAACAUAAAACCCCUUAAACACCAGGGUUAAAACACAGAACAUAACCCUUUCACCAGGUUUAAAACCCCGACAUAAACCCCCGUAUCACCAAAAUUAAUACACAGACAUAAACCCUAUCUCACCAGGUUAAUACACAGACUAAAACCCCGAAACACCAGGGGGGGGGGGGGGUUUAAAACCAGACAUAAACCCUUUCCCCCAUGUUAAUACACAGGAAAAAUAAACCCUUCCCCACCGGUUUAAAACCAACUUUAAAACCCCGUUCACCAGGUUUUAAAACACCCGACAUAAACCCUUUCACCAUGUUUAAAUUCCCCGUAGGGGGAAAACCAAAACCCCCCGGUCCCCCCAGGUUAAAAACAGUCCCGGGUUUUCCCGGUUAAAACCAAAAAAACCACUCCCGGGUUUCCCAAAAUCCCUUUCUCCCUUUUGUCCUUUCCCUGUCCUCCCUUUUCCCUUUCCCUCCCUUUCCCUUUUUUCCGGCUCCCUUCUUUUCCCCGGGUUUCCCGCUCCCUUUCUCCCUUUGUUCUGUGUGUUCUUGGGCCCCCCCGGGCCCCCUCAAAAUUUUUUCUUGUCCCCCCCGGUUGGGUCCCUCCUUUUUCCCCGGGGGGGCCUCUCCCCCUCUCUCUCUCUCUCUUCCCCCCCUCUCCUCUCUCCCCUCUCUCUUCUCUUCUCUCGUCUGUCUCCUCCUCCCCCUUUUUCUUUUCUCUCUUCCCCUCCCCUCUGGCCCCCUUUCUCUCCCCCUCCUCUUUCUCCUUUCUCUCUCUUUUCUCCUCUUCUCCCUCUCUUCUCUUCUCUUCUCUUCUUUCUCCCCCCUUUUGCUUUAUUCUCUCUUCUCCCCUCUUUUUUCUCCCUUUUCUCCUCUUUUUCUCUCUUCCUCUGUCUCGUCCUUCUCCCCUUUUUCUUUCCCCCUUUUCUCUCUCUUCCCCUGUCUCUCUCUCCUCCCUUCUCUUUUAAAAAAUUUCUCUCUCUCUCCCUCUCUCCCGUUCCCCUCUUCUCCCUCUCUCUUUUCUUUUCCCGUCUCUCUCUCUUCUCUCUUCUCUUGUUUCCCCUCCUUUUCCUCUCUUCUCUCUUUCCUCCUUGUUUUGGUUUCCCCCCUUUUUCCUCCUCUGCCUUUCUUCUGUGUGGGAAACCGGGGGAAAAACCCCCAAAUUUUAACCCCCCCCACCCCACCAGGGUUUAACACCCCCCACCCCCCAAACCACACAAACAACCCACACAAAACCCCCCCACCAAAACACACACAAAACCCCCAACACCACACCCCCCCGAGGGGAAAAACCUCGAAUGUUUUGCUAAAAUUUCCUUUUUUUUUUUUGUGGGUUGCCCUAACGUUGGCUUAAAAGCGCCGGGGAAAGGGGUGCGGUUGAACUAAGUGUCUGUUGGGGGUUUUAAACGGGGUUGUGUGUGUGUUGGGGUUUGUGUUUUUGGUGGGUGUGGGUGGGUUUGUGUUUUGUGUGUGGUUUUUCUCAGGCGAUCUACUCCAGUGUGUUCCCCGGAGAGUUGAUGCGUGGCUACAUGAACUCCUUCCCCUCCUUUCCCUCCCGGCUGGGAAAGUUCUCCUCCUGCAAAACACCCCUCGGAUCAUUCAGGGCUGGCCUCCAAUGAGCCUCCGGUAAACACACACACACCCCCACACACACCCCAACACCACACCACAACCCCACAGUAAAAUAGAUAUUAAACUGAUAUGCAGAGGCAGAUUAAAGCAUAGUCAGGAAACCGUUUACUCUGCUUCUUAAAUCGCGUGAGGUGAAAAUAGAAAUAAGCGCACGCUGAUUAAAACGCCUGGUUUUCUGAGACAUCUUUUUAAAAAAUUGGGGCUGUAAAUAGCUUAAUCGGCGUUCCAGCUGUGUGUUUGAUCUGCAGCAUGUGCCAGCCCCGGCCGAGAGCCUCCCUCUUGUGGAAAAACUGAACGUAAUGCGUCUUUAUAAUAGUUUUCACAUACAAACUUUAUGCCCAACUCAGAUCCAAAGUUCGCAAAAAAAAUAACAUGUCACGUGGUGAAAGUUGCAUUUCAAAGUCCCUCAGGUAGCCUAUUUCAGAUUGUCCCAGUCAACAGAUUAUUAGAAAUCAUUCUUUUUGAAGCAUAUUAAACGUUUAAACAAACCUUUAAUGAAUCGACAUUCACGAUCAAUAUUGGAACACACAGUCUAUACACACUUGGGUAUAAACAACAACAGCGAUCCUGAACACCUGAAGGGAUAACCCAUCGAUACCCGGUAUAGAAACCAGUCUGGAAAAACACACUGAACCAAAAACGUCUGAUAAAAACACCCGUUAAAUAGACACCAGUCUGAUACACACUGGUAUAAAACACACGUCUGAUACACACUGGUAUAGCACACAGUCUGAUACACACGGUAUAGACCCAAGUCUGAUACCACUGGGGAAACCACAGUCUGAUACAAAACUGGUAUAGACACACAGUCUGAUACCACUGGUUAGACACCAUCUGUCCACUGACACCCCAGUCUGAUACACACUGGUAUAGACACACAGUCUGAUACACACUGGUAUAGACACACAGUCUGAUACACACUGGUAUAGACACACAGUCUGAUACACACUGACACACAGUCUGAUACACACUGGUAUAGACACACAGUCUGAUACACACUGACACACAGUCUGAUACACACUGGUAUAGACACAGUCUGAUACACACUGGUAUAGACACACAGUCUGAUACACACUGGUAUAGACACACAGUCUGAUACACACUGGUAUAGACACACAGUCUGAUACACACUGGUAUAGACACACAGUCUGAUACACACUGGUAUAGACACACAGUCUGAUACAACACUGGUAUAGACACACAGUCUGAUACACACUGGUAUAGACACACAGUCUGAUACACACUGGUAUAGACACACAGUCUGAUACACACUGGUAUAGACACACAGUCUGAUACACACUGGUAUUGACACACAGUCUGAUACACACUGGUAUAGACACACAGUCUGAUACACACUGGUAUAGACACACAGUCUUACAGCCUCACACUCAACCAGGAGCUUGGACUCAUCUGGGGUAUAUUCAUUAGUUGCACACUGUAGCUAAAUGUUUUGCAACAAUACGUUUUCUAUGAACAAAUUCCCCCCUCCUCUCUCCCCCUUUUCUCUCCCCCCUCCUCCUAUCUCUCCCCCCUCUUCUCUCCCCCAUCCUCCUAUCUCUCCCCCCCCUCUUACCCCUCCCUCUCUCCCCCACCUCUCUCCUCUUCUCUCAACCUCCUCUCUCCCUCUCCCCCCUCCCAUCUCCCCCCUCCCAUCCUCCUCUCCCCUCCCUCCUCCGAUCUCUUCCCCCCUCCUCCUUUCUCCCCCUCCUCCUAUCUCUUCCUUUCUUCCCCCCUCCUCGCUCUCCCCCUCCUCCUAUCUUCCCCCCCCCUCCUCUCCCCUGCCCCUCCCUAUCUCCCCCCCGCCUCACUCUCUCCCCCCCCUCUCCCCGCCUCUCUCGUCCCUCUCCCCUUCCUCCCCCCCCUCCCUCUCAUCUCCCCCCUCUCCCUUCCCUCUCCGGGCCCCCCUCCUCCUUCUCCCCCUCUCUGCCCCUCCUCCUCUCCCCCUCCUUCUCUCUCCCCCUCUCCUCCCUGCCCCCCUCCCUCCUCCGCUCCUCCUCGUCCUCCCCCCCUCCUCCUCGCUCGGCCCGCCCCCCCCUCCCCCCUACUUCCCCCCUUUCCUCGCCCCCCUCCUCUAUUCUCCCCCCUUCCCCCCCCCUCCCUCCCCUCUUUUCCCCCCCCUCGAUCCCCUCCUCCUCUCGCCCCUCCUCCCUCUCUCUUCCCCCCUCGCCUCUCUCCCCCUCCUCCUCUCUCCCCCCCCUCUCUCCCCCUCUCCCUCAUCCCCCCCCUCCUCCUCUUCCCCCCCCUCCCCCUCCCCCUCCCCCCCCCUCCUCCUCUCCUCCCCCUUCUCCCUCGUCCGCUUCACCUCCUCCUCGCUCCCCCCGUCCUCCUUCUCCUCCCCCUCCUCUAUCUCCCCCCCUCCAUCUCCCAUCUCCUUCAGGACAUUAAGUAGCAGACAGGCAGUGAGCCUGGACUACCUGCCCUACCUCCGCAUGGCCCUGUUGUGUCCUCUCCAGAGGCAGGGGGCGGAGGGGGCUGGUCAGGCCGUCCAGCUGUUAGAUGACUACCACCUGGUCAGAGAGGAUGUGGACAGCCUCAUGGAGAUCAGCCUCUGGGGGGGGCAGCCUGACCCCUAUGCUAAACUAGACCCCAAGGUCAGAGGGGAUGGGGGGGAGGGGUGGGGGGGGCUGACCCCUAUGCUAAACUAGACCCCAAGGUCAGAGGAGACGGGGGGAGGGGUGGGGGGGGCUGACCCCUAUGCUAAACUAGACCCCAAGGUCAGAGGAGACAGGGGGGAGGGGUGGGGGGGCUGACCCCUAUGCUAAACUAGACCCCAAGGUCAGAGGCGACGGGGGGAGGGGUGGGGGGCUGACCCCUAUGCUAAACUAGACCCCAAGGUCAGAGGCGACGGGGGGAGGGGUGGGGGGCUGACCCCUAUGCUAAACUAGACCCCAAGGUCAGAGGUGGGGGGGGCUGACCCCUAUGCUAAACUAGACCCCAAGGUCAGAGGAGACAGGGGGAGGGGUGGGGGGGCUGACCCCUAUGCUAAACUAGACCCCAAGGUCAGAGGAGACGGGGGGAGGGGUGGGGGGGGCUGACCCCUAUGCUAAACUAGACCCCAAGGUCAGAGGAGACGGGGGGAGGGGUGGGGGGGCUGACCCCUAUGCUAAACUAGACCCCAAGGUCAGAGGAGACGGGAUUAGGGGUGGGGGCGAGGGUGGGCAGCCUGACCUGACCUGACCCCUAUGAUAAACUAGACCAGAGCCCUAUUAUAAUAAUAAUCCCAAUCUGUGAUUGUAAUAAUGGUAUUAAUCUAAUCUGUGCCCAGGUGAAGUCAGCGUUCACGAGGGCCUAUAACCGUGAGACCCACCUGACACCCUACUCCCUCCAACCAAUCAAGAAGGGCCGUCGUGGCGGGGGAGCGGAGGCGGAGCUGGGAGGAGAGGGGCGAGAGGAACAGCCUGAGGAAGAGGAGGAGGAGGAAGGUGUUGCAGCUGACGCCAUGAUCAAA